GCGUCUUCCAUCAUUCUGUCAUCAUUCUGUGGUUCUACGAGGGAAUCAACGGCGUACCUUCAGCUCCUCAGAGGUGGAUGACCUGAUGAACAUGAUGUCUGAACUAGAAAGCAGAAUGCGCGUGCUAGGGUCAGGCUCGAGUCAUGCUCCCGAGGCAGCGUCUGUGCCACAGGCUGCUCCAGCUCCCGAACCCUCUGUGGUGGUAAAGGAUGAGGACGACGACAUCGACCUGUUUGGGAGUGAUGAGGAAGACGAAGAGGCAGAGCGCAUUAAGGCCCAGAGGGUGCAGGAGUACGCUGCGAAGAAGGUUAAAAAACCUGUUCUCAUCGCCAAGUCCUCCAUCAUACUCGACGUCAAACCUUGGGAUGACGAGACAGACAUGGCUAAGUUGGAAGAGUGUGUGCGUUCGGUACAGAUGGACGGUUUGCUCUGGGGCGCCUCCAAACUGGUGCCCGUCGGUUACGACAUCAAGAAGCUGCAGAUCAACUGCGUGGUCGAGGACGACAAAGUCGGAGUGGACAUAUUCGAGAGGGAAAUCAUCAAAUUCGAAGACUACCUGAGUGCUGUGUCAGAGCGGGUAUUCCCUUCUGCUUUUCUCUUUUCACAUCGCGUCAAGCAAAUAUUAGCAUUAUUGUUCGAGACCCGUUUUCGAGAAGCACGUCGUGGUGAUCUCGUUGGUUUCCUUUUUUUCCGGUGAUUGCACCUCCGUUAU